AUGGAUGUUGUUUAUUCAAUAGUAGAAGGUAAAUUUGUUAGAAAAAUUUUUUUUAUUUUAAUUUUAGGACUACAAUUUUUUAUACCAAUAAUAGCUGUCCUCACUAUUCUGUGUGUAAUGUGGUAUUAUAAAGACAGAAUAAAUGAAGAACAACCAGAAUUAAAGAAAUAUGUAAAUACAACUUUGUUAGACGAUGAUUGGAAAGAUGAGAAUACAGACGAGAGUCAAAUUGUAAAAAAUGAGAAAAAAGAUAGCUGAAAAAUAAUACACACAAAAAUGAUAGGAAAAAUAUCAUUUUCCUUUCAUUCUUAUAAUAAUUCUUUUUUUUUUGACUAUAUUUUUGAAGAAUA